CCACAAUGUCUUUUUUAUGCUCAGUGGAUCUAUAUUCACAGGCCCUUUGACAGACAAGUUUGGUUUUCGCGCGGUCUCACUCGUUGGAACUAUUAUCUGCAGUACCGUGCUGCUCCUCGCGUCGUUCACUAACGCGCUCUGGAAGCUUGUGCUCACGCAGGGAAUUGUGUUUGACAUUGGCGCCGCUUGCAUAUUCUCCCCAUCGGUGUCUCUCACCUCACAGUGGCACAACAAGACCCGACCGUUGGCGACUGGAAUCUCUGUUGCUGGAAGUGGUGCUGGAGGUAUGAUUUUUACCGAGAUUACCCAAAAGCUGAUGGAGACAGUUGGCUACAAGUGGACCCUGCGUAUCCUUGCACUGAUAUUGUUGUGCGUCAGCGGAUCAGCAGGGCUCUUUUACAAGCGGCGCGUGCCGGUUCCCAAAGGAGGCAUAGACUUUAUUGCGAUUGCCAAGGAUGCGCGGUUGAUAGUGGUUGGCAUGGCUGAAUUCCUUGUCAACACGGGGCUGUACAUGCUCUGGUACUACCUGCCUACGGCAGCGUUGAUGAUCGGGCAGUCCAAGCACGCAUCAAACAACUUGGUUCUCUACAUGAACGCCGGCAGCACUGCAGGCAGAGUCUUGGCAGCAUACGCAGCCAUGUACGCCGGCCCCAACAACAGUAUUUUUAUUGCAUAUGCAAUCUGCUCUGUCCUCGUUCUGAUUGUGAUGUUGGCAGUAAAGAGCAUGGUCGGGUAUAUAGCGCUUUCAGUUAUCUUUGGUGCUCUUUCGGCAAGCUACAUUUCAAUAACGCCACUUCUGCUGACAGACAUUUUUGGGACACAAGUUGUCACCACAGCCAUGGGCAUCAUGAACGCGUGGUGCUCUGUCGGUGUACUCAUUGGCAACCCGUCGCAGAGCGCGAUCUACCAGCGAUUCGAUCGUCCCAAUGGCUCAUUCACAGCAAUAUCUGUUUGGGGGUUUUUAAGCUUUUUCCUCGCCGCUUGCAGUUAUUUAUUACUAAAGGUCAUUGCUGUUCGUGGGAGCGCGCGCACCAUGCUGUCCAAACUUUGA